AUGCAACCAAAAGUAAUGCAAAAAGAUCAACAUUAUCUACUAGAUAACCAAGAUCAAUAUGAUGAAGAAUUAGAUCAAGAUUAUGUCCUACCUACAGAAGACACAACAAAAGAGAAUAUCAAAAACGACACCGGUUAUCAUAGCGUUGAUAGUGAUAGCGAAGAUGAAGCUACUAAAGAACUUGACCUUAAAUAUUCCACCAUAGUCAGUGAAUCUGGUGGUCUAGUCAAAACCAGAAGGGCAAGGCAAUUGGAAUUAGAAAACUUAAGAAAGAAUAAAUAUGAAAAUAUAAAUAACAAAGAGAGUAAUAAUAAUAAUAUUGACACCUCUUCAAUUAGUAAUAUAUGGAAAGAAUUAAAGGCAGAAAGUGAAAACAGGUUGUACAAUACAAAAUGUGGUAAAAAUGCUAAAUCUAUAAUGGGAACUCGCUUCAACGAUGAUUGCAAUUCUAAAAAUGAUGAUUCCACUUUUGAGCAAGAAAGGAUAAAAAUAAAAAGAAGCUACAAAUUCGCCGGGGUUGUACAUACCGAGGAGAAAUGGGUUGCUAAAUCCAGUGCAGCAGCCAAAGAAUACCUGAAUAGUUUGAAGUUCCUUGACUCUGCCAUUAACCCCGAAGGCAAAAAUAUAAAAAACAACAAAAACAAUAAGAUAACAAAACAAGCAAGUACUAUUCUACGAAGACCUUUGAAAAGACCUCCCAUUUUAGAGAAAAUAAUAGCAGGCUCUUUGAAACCCAAGUUAUCUACUUUGGAAAAAUCUAAAAUAGAUUGGGCACUUUAUGUGGAUAACCAAGGAAUUAAUGAUGACUUAAAGAAUCACAAUAAGGAUGGGUAUUUAGCCAAACAAGAUUUCUUGAAUAAAGUAGAUUAUAAUAGGGACCUACAGUAUAAAAAAUUAAGAGAAAAGGAAUUAGCUGAAAAAUAUAAAUAA